AUGUUUGGUUUUAGGUGUGGGUAUUGUGGAUGGGCCGUGAAGAAGAGGAAUUCUCUCCAUGCAUUGCACGUGCGCGUAUUACAGCCAGCAUUGCCAAGGCGCCCUCGAUGCUCACCCUCCCCUCCCCCGCAGAUCAAGAAGGCCUUCCACAAGUCGGAGUCCAAGAAGGAGUUCAGCGUCGUGACCAACCUGUCCACCAUGGCGGUGUGCGCCACGUCGCCGCUGCUGCCCACCGCCGUGUCCUCGCAGGACCUCAAGCCCCACCAGGUGGUCGUGCCGCACGUCCAGGUCACGGAGGUCAAGGUGCCGGACUGCUACGAAGACCCCGAGGACGCCCUUAGCAGACUGCCGCCGUCGCCGCCGCCUCCGCUGCCUGCAGAGGAAGCCGCAUCCUCCACCAAGUCCUCCAAGAAAUCCUCCAAGUCAGCCUCCGCCUCCGGGUCGUCCUCCUCCACCAGCGCGAAAAGCCCCACCUCGCCCUCGGCGGCGACUCCUGCCCCAAGCUCCUCGGCGGCGGAGGGGGCGGCGCCGCCGAGGAAGCCGCGAAGGAGGCGCCGACGGACAGCAAGACCAAUGGCACGGCGAAGACGAUCGUGUCUUCGAGUUAUAAAACAUGUGACCAAAUACAUCCGACUGGUUGAUGCUCUAGUCCACGCGACCUUUGGACACUGGUACAAUAAGACACAAAGACAUGUGGCUGUGACUGCCGUGAUGCAGGCCUAG